UCUUCUGAGGGCUGGAGAUUACUGUCAUGUACCAGCAAAACACCAUAUUUGAAAUGAUCUGCUUUUCACCAGUUGAUUGCACAUUCCACAAGUAUAUUCUGCUUUACUCACCAGUAAGAGCCCAUGCCUAUUAUAGUACAUUUUACCUAGUAGACAAUAAAUAAUGGAUGAAUGAAUAUCAUUGUCUCUCUUUGAGAAAUGUUGGUCCAACUUCUGAAGCUGCAUCAAUCAGUAUAUGAGUAUGAAUUGUUAAUAUGCCAAAGAGUUGACCCAUUAUUUUUAGAGAUUGUUUUAUAUUGAAAUGAGGAAGACCUUUACAUUUAUCUGUUUCCCCAAUUAUGUAACUUGUUUCAUUAUAGAUACACAUAUGUUCUGUUGUAGGAACACGUUCCAUUUAUAAACAUGAAUUCACAUAAGCUUUUACCUGGUGUCAGCAAUUUUCUUUUAUUAGGAGAAGGUAUGAGGAAGGUACCAAACAGCAGCAGGCUUUUAAAGUUUAGGCAGGUAUGACUCUUGAACUUACUUUGUCAUUUACUUCAUCCUCCAAGGCGUGCAAUCACUUGGCGUGCCUACUUCCCUUUCAAAUGCAAGAACAAGGAAUGCUCAACAUGGGUAACUGGAGUGCCUUAGACCAGCUCCUAGAAAAGGUCCAACCCUACUCCACAGCUGGAGGAAAGGUAUGGCUCAAGGUCCUUUUCAUUUUCCGAAUCCUACUCCUGGGGACUGCCAUCGAGUCAGCCUGGAGUGAUGAGCAGCUUAAGUUCCAUUGCAACACUCAACAGCCUGGUUGUGAAAAUGUCUGCUACGACGAAGCUUUUCCGAUCUCUCAUGUGCGCCUCUGGGUCCUACAGAUCAUAUUCGUGUCUGUGCCUACACUCUUAUACCUGGCACAUGUGUUCUAUGCGAUUCGUCAGAAAGAGAAGUUGAACAAGCAAGAGAAGGAACUUGGAGUUGUUCAUUUGAAUGGCACCAGUGUGGAAAUGCACUCGAGGAAAACUGAAGUAAAGAAGUUCAAGUGUGGCAGUGAAGAACAGAGUAACAUGAAAAUUAGAGGCAGGUUGCUGCUAACCUACAUACUCAGUAUCUUCUUCAAGUCUGUCUUUGAGGUGUCCUUCUUGCUGAUCCAGUGGUACGUUUAUGGUUUUACCCUGAAGGAAAUUUACAUUUGUGAAUACCCUCCUUGCCCUCAUCAGGUGGACUGCUUCCUCUCUCGACCCACAGAAAAAAACAUCUUCAUCAUCUUCAUGCUGGUAGUGUCCCUGGUGUCUUUAGUCUUGAAUGUCAUUGAGCUGUUCUAUGUUUUACUUAAGGCCAUUAAGAAUUGUGUGAGAAAUCAUGAUGAGGUUUACUGUGGUACAACUGACCUACAGAGCGUUUCCCAUGUGUCCUCAACAAGAGUUCUCCCUAACAUGCUUCCUAAGGAUCAGGUGAUUCCUGAGGAUCAUUCUUCAGUCUAUAUUUAAAGUGAGCAAAAUCAUGUCAGUUACGGUGCAUAACAGAGUGAAAGGGGGAAGGAUAAGCAGGAAGUAACCUUUUGGCUUGCACUCAGCCUUUUCUUCGCCCUGAUGAUAAGUAGAAUUCUCAGAGGGUUUGGGUGGAGAGAAAAGCAAAACAAAGAUACUGAACACUAACGCUGUAGAGUAGCAGCUAUCCAGCAGUAGCGGGGGUCACAACAACAGCAGCCUGAUAUCCUAGGUACUGCGAUUUAUGCUUAAAUACAUUGUGAUUUUGCUUAGUUGCUGAAGACAAUCAAAGUGUAGUAGAAAGUGUACCCAAGCUUCAGUACGGAUGAUGUUCAAUGGCCUCAAUUGUGAGAACUAGCAGAUACAAAGGCAUUAGACCGAAAGAGUCUGCGAUAGGGAGUGGAAGAAACUUGUAACCAAGACAUGUGUUAGUAUUUAUAAAGUGCUUGACUCUGGAGGCUUAGAAAUCUAGCCCAGUGGUAGAUGAUUUGUCUAGCAUUUGUGAGACCUCCAGUAGCAGAAGAAUAAAGAAAUAGUCACUUAAACAAAUGAACUAAAUAAAAUGGUUGACUCAAAGAACUUUUAGUCCAAAUUUAACUUGUAUUAAGUAAUGUAAAAGGGCCUUUCAUCUCCCAUGUUACCCUAGAAUUGUUCUGUGUAUGGGGAAGAGUGACUUAUUAUUUGUCUGUAGAAGCAGAUACAGUGUAAAUUCACAAACCUACAUUUUAAAAUAAUACAUAUAUACCAUUGAAAGUUGAGCCUUUCUCUUGGAUUUUAUUGUUUGGGCCCGUACUAUGUUUAAACUGUUUAAUUCCUAUGUAAAAGUAAAUGAUCCUUUCCCUUAAGAUGCAUCCCCCAAUUUAUUGAAUAAUAUGUAAUAAUUCUAUUAAUUGUAAUGAGUUUUGUUUUUCUCUUGUAUAUUCUAGCAGCAAUCCUAUUGCUGACACUAUUUAUUUUUCCAUUCCAAGAUAGAGUCAGAGCCCUGAAAUGUAACAGUUGUACAGAAAACAACACUUGUGAAUACUACAAACUUAAAGAAAUGCUUAGAGGUGAACUAUGAAAUGUGCCUACAUGAAUUUGGCAAUAAUGGUCAUUCUUGGCUUUGUUCUAAAUAAUGCCUAUUAAUUCAGAUGUAAACUUGUGCUGUGAGUUUGGCAGUCUCCUGGGAUGACUGGCAUUUUUCAUAUUCAUAUUAAGAGUUUUUUUGGAAGGCAGGAGAGGGUGAGGGAGGUUUGUGAAAUACCUGUGUAAUUGAUUUGGAACAUGUAAAAUAAAUGCUAACCAUUUCUUCUAAUGCCUUUUAAAAUAUUCCACAGGUGAUUUGACUUUUGUUCUUGCUCCACACACAAUUUUAUUCAAGAAAUAUUAAUUUGCUUAUCAUUUGAUGUUAAACUGCUGUCAUGUUCAGCUUUGUUUCAUGCAAUACAGGCCUAUCAUAUCUUAUUCUAGAGAAUUCUUUAUUCAAUAAAGUUGUG